AGCAAAAAGCAUUUCUGAAUCCUGUGUUAUCAUUGAAAGCUAAGUCAUGGCAGAGUUUUGAAAAUUUUGUCGCGUCAUUUCGUUGUAUAAAGUCAGCCGUGAUCGAAGAAGAUGAGCUAACAACGAUCUUAGAGGUUCACGCGGGAGCGCGUUUGAUUGGUGAUAUCCAAUUUAAAAACCACAAUCUACAACUUAAGAUUGCUAGACACCAAACAGACACAAAGUCUAAAAAUCUCACUACAAGUGAAUGGAAUGUGGAUUGCAGUAAUAUUACCGUUGAUGUCCGGCAAUUCAAACAUUGUAUUAUUAACGCUCCAGGUUCGCCAUAUGAUGAUGCCUUCCUUUCAUUAGAUCAGCCGGGUGCCGAGAGCCCAAACGAAAUUCACCAAUACAAACUGACUCAAAAACCGAUCAGUCAAGAGGCAUUCGAACAAGAACAUAAAAAAUUGGCAUCGGAAAAUGAUUUUUUUAUCCUCUUUACGACAGCAGAUAACAGCGUUAUUAAACUUCCGAAAAGGUCUGGGAUUGUAGAUGGAAAAGUUUUUAGGGACUAUUUUGGACCAUUUGCUGACAGAGCAUACAGGUCCGCUAUGUCCGAGUCCAAACCCGAUAAAGUCAAGAAUAUUCCUAAGGUGAACAUCAAUACCGCUUCUCUUGAUCAACUCUGUAGAGUGAAUCAAAUUGAAGCUAUCGCGUGUUAUUGCCUAUUUGGAAAGGCUAUUAUUCAGAGACGUAAUGAAAUAGCAUCGGAAAGACAAGUUGAUCCAGAAUCCAAUACUGUUAGUAGAAUUUUAAAUAAAGAAGUAAAAGCAGACACUUCUGAUAGCCUUUUACGUAAGAGAAUCAAAAAAGCAAAGAAGCUUUAUAAACUUUUUGAUGCAAUAGCAUCUACAAGAGAUAUUUCUUCCGAAAUAAGUGAUAAGUCUAAAGGGUUAUUAUCCAUUCCAACACCUAUUGAGGGUCAAUCUGAUAAGGAGGAAGACAUUACUCCUAAUUGUUUACCCGAACUAGAACAUAUCUCGACAAGAUCUGAAUCUAAAACAUCUGCAACCUCUUUGCCACGAGACAUUAUCGAUGUCGAUUCAGCUGAGACCCUAGAUUUUGUAGAAAGGGAUUAUUAG